AUGAGAGCUAUAGUAUGCACUCUGUUUGUCUUGGGCCUGCUGUGGGACAGCGUGAGAGCUGAAAACACUAUCAGCAGCUUACGAGCGGCAGCAGAAGCGUGGGAGGGGGAGCUGCCCUGCGGAAAGUGGGACUGUGAAUGUGCAUUCAAGCGCCAGCGGGGCUGCUGCUGCGCCAACCCUGAGCUCCAGGAAGCUGAGGAUCAAAUCUUUGUGAGAAUCAUGGACCUAUCGAUGAGAAUGUCCCAGCUGGGUGAAAGCAUCCUCGAAGUCAUAGGAGGGAUACGUGUUGCGUUCACAGCCUCCCUGAGCCCCAGAAUAAACUGCUUUGGACCUUUCACCAGAAACAGUCCCAUUCCUUACGAUGUCAUCACCCUCAACCAAGGAAGUGGAUAUAACCCUGCUCUUGGUUUAUUCACAGCUCCUCGUUCCGGACUAUACUCCUUCUCUUUCUCGGUCUACUCCAAGGUGGACAUGGCAGGCGAGAGGAUGUACUACAAGGUGCAACUCAUGAGAAAUGGGGAGGUGGUGGCCUCCACGUGGGAGGACAACAGAGAGGACUCAGAAGACAGCAGCUCCCAGACAGUGCUGCUGUCACUGGAGCAAGGAGGCCAGGUGUAUGUAGAGUUACUAAGCGGCAGGCAGCUGUGUGGGAAUGUUGAGGGCCUAAACACCUUCUCUGGCUCCUUUGUUUACCCCACUCUGGCCUAA